AUGGUAGUCAUUGGUAUAGUGAUUGGUGUCGGCGGAAAAAUAUUUUAUGAUCUUAUCGUCCAAUACUUUGCUGACAUCAUGAUAAUUCCACAACAACAACAACAUGCACCAGCACCACCACCACAGCCACCACAACAACAACAACAACAACAUGCAGCAGCACCACCACCACCACAACAACAACAUAUUCAUCAUCGUCAUCGUGGUGAAGGAGAUGGAAGAUAA